AUGCGUCCGAUUAUAGCUCUUAGCUUGCUCCUGGUAGCAACACUUGUGGCCUUGUCCUGCCCAGUGAACGCAGCGGACACUCCAACCGAUUCCAGCAGUGCCACUCCCAGCGAUUCCAGCAGUGCCACUCCAACAUCUCCUAGCGAUUCCAGUAGUACUAGUCCAACCAGUCCAAGCACUCCAUCCGACUCAUCCAGCACCUCGCCAACUGAUUCUAGCUCCUCGGAUACUACGGCAACUACGACAACAACAACCACAACCACUGAAGCAGAUGCCACAACCACAACUGAAACCACCACCAAGAGGCAUCGUCGUCGUCGUCGCAGGCGUGUGAUCAUCAUCAGACGCGGCGGUGGUCGUCGUAAUGGCAAUGGCAAUUUGAACGGAAAUGGCAACCGCCGCCGUCGUCGUGUCCGUGUUAUAGUGCGCAGGACCGCCAUUUAG